CCACUGUAUGUAUUUGGGCCCUUUGCCCCAAAGCUGUUUUUUUUUUUUUCUGUUCUGUUAGUUUAUACAUCUGUGUCUAUGUCAUUAUCUGACAGUAUUUUUUAAGUGAUAGUAUUAAUUUUUUAUUGCUGCUUUAAAACAUUACCAGGAACUUAGUGCUUAAAACAGUAAAAUUGUCUGAUCUUAGCGUUUGGGAAGUCAGAGGACCAACAAAGGUCUCAUUGGGUCAAAAUCAAGGUGUCAGCUGGGCUGUGUUCUUUCUGGACUCCAUAGGGAAAAAUUAAUUUUCUUUACAAAAAUAAGUUUUUACACUUGAUCUUAGCCUAAAGGCUGAGAAGUGAUAUAUGAAAAUAAUUAAAACAAAUUUUAAAAGGCACGUAAAAUUGUACCUAUGUGUGGGGUACCACUGAUGUAUUGGGGUGGGGGAUAGCUAGCAGGAAGAUUGACUGCUGCAGCACCAAACAUGCCAGAUUCCAUGCAGUGGAAAAUGGAAGCUCCUGCAGUUUAGGCACUUACAACAGGUGCCAGCUGGAAAUAACCAACAGGGCUGCCAACUGUGUCUCCAUGAUGGCCUUUAGCUCAUUAUAAAGUCAUUGUAAUAAACUCACCAUGGUUGGCACCCUACUCUCAUCAUGCACCUGAAGCCAUGACACUUCUGAGAUUUCCCAAAAAGGUCAAGGAAAUGAGUGGUACUCAGGUCCCUCCCCCAACCCUGCCCCCUUUGAAUAUUUAAUUAAGUUCUGCCCCAGACACCACCCCAUGCCUCCAGUUCACAUUAAGUGGUGGACUCAAACCUUGUUGGUACAGUUCUUGAGUGUGCUCGCACACCUUCCUGAAUGUAUUGAAAAUAUCUUUAUAUUUUGAAUCCAUGGAAAAAUUAUUCUUGCUUAUGUCUGUUUUGGCUGAGGUCCUUUGUGGCACCAUACAAAUAUUUUUCUUUCUAAGUGAAUAAUGACACUGGCAGUUUUCUACAUAUUUCCACAUCUCUGUCACAGAAUUCCCACACUCAUGGUGUACAUGGCUCCCAAACUCACAAGGGGCAGGGGGUCCCCUCUCAGCCCACGAACUUGCCCCCUGCACAGAAAGAGACAAGGUGUUCCCAGAGCCAGCUGCCUGUCGGUAUCCCACCCUGGCAGUCUGAUUCCUGGCACCUGUGAUACAGUGAGGGGGGGAGCACUGCCCAGGCCAGGCCAGCUCAGAUUCAGUGGGGACCACAGAUUUAUUCCUCUCACAUAGUAAUGUGGUUGCACACAGGUAUGAGCCACAGAAGCCUCUACUCACCUUGUUAAGAUGGUGCUUCCUCCCUGAUAGUCACUGAGAUGGCUUGGAAUUCAGCAAGCAUGCAACACCAGGAAGUGCUGCACACCGCAGAGUUCACCUGGGCCUGUUUGGGGGAUGCUAGGGUGGUUAAGCCGCCUGAGGGGUGUCUUUGGGUGACAGCUGGUGGCUUCAGUUCCACUUCACCAGGGGAGGGGAGGAGGUGGGACAACUCCUGGGCAGUGGGCUCCAUGGUGCCCCCUUCUGGGGAUGCAUCCCUUGCUUUCAGAUCUGUAGGGGGCGGGUUUGACCUCAGAGGCUCAAUGAGGAGCCUGGAUCCUGACUGGUCUGGCAGGCCUUUGGGCUGCGAGGGCCGCAGACCCUUCUGGUGAGGCCUGGGCACUGGGUCCAGGGGCUCAGACAGGGGCCGCCCAGCCAGACAACGGCCAUGCAGUGCUCCGUUUGUGACCAUGAAGGGCGCAGCAGCCCCGAGCCCCUUCCUUCCUCUCCACUCCCUGUGCUUCACAGCCCGCUUCAGGGCACAUCUUCAUUCCACAGUCCAGGGCCGCCCUCGCCCCCCAUUUUCCACUGGACCCUCCUGCUGACCCGGAUGUGUAGCUUUGUCCCCGCGCCCCUGACCUUGUCCCGUGCCUCCCCUUGCUGCACCCAUGCCCCCUGGAGUAUGAUUUUGGCAACCACUUGGACUUUUCACAAAAGCACCCUUUGAAACGCCUUUCUCCCCAGCACUGGUCUGAUAGAAGAUGCCUGUUGUGGAAGCUGCUUUGACUUGCUUGCGCCUGACACUGUAAUCUCAGGAGCACUGAGCAACCCCAACCGGGAGCCCCCCACCCAGGAGGAGCAGGGCUGUGCAUUUGCAUCUGGUUCCCUCCCUGCGGAUGUCCCCAGCCUGGCUUCCCUUAGAGAAAGGAUUCAUUCUUGCUGCACAUUCAUGUUUGCAGGGUGGAGUGUAGCUUUCUCUUUACAAAGCCCUUGCUCCUGGUGGGAGCUGGUGGGGGUGGAUUGGAGGAGCGCCCCUCUCUUUCCCCUCCAGCCUAGUGAAGUAGAAAUCAACAGGAAGAGAGAAGCCAGUUAGGGAGUUUGAUUGAAACUGUUUAACUUUUGCUCUGCCUGUGGAAUGCACGUUCUCAUGUGUGAAAACUUAACCCAGAUGGUAGACUACUGAAUUAUAGGAUGACAAUUUUUAAUUUUAGACUCCACUUUUAAACAUUCCUCUAGAAAGAAAAUAUGUCCUUAAAAUACAGCUGUCAUAGUUUAGGUCACAUAAUGUGCAAGCAUGUCACAGGAAGACUAGCACAGAAUCUUACUUUCCCUGCUGGAAGAUUUUCUGCUGUCUUCCUUCUGGUUGCCAUUGCACAAGUCUGCAAGGGAAUCACAGGUUUUGCUCAUGUGUUUCCUAGCAAAGAAGUAGCUGAGGGCACUGCUUAUGGAUUAAAGGAUCUCACUAGCAUGCUUCACAGUGUUUUAGACGAUUGAAUCCUGUGCUGCAGUCUCUCUAAUGGAGGGACCGAUCAUGAUGAAGAGCAGCAGUGCCAGGUAAACCAUGUGAGUACAGGCUGUAGCUUAUACAGCGUGAACACACCUUAGUCAUGCAAGUAUAUUGCUGUUUAUACUACGUUUACCUGGAUGAUCCCUUUAAAAUAUUGUUUACAAUUUUUACACCACAUUUUAUAAUAUGGUACAAAUAUUUUAUGCUGCACACUUAUCUUUCCAAUCUCUGACAACCUAAAAUUGGCAAUAGAUAUGACAUUAUUUCUUUUCUGACAAAGUGCUUUUAUUUUUAUUGAAAAUAUUUAUGAAUAUUUUAGGAACAGUUGAUCAUCUUUUGUGUUAUUUAAUUUCUUAUUGCUUAUUUUGAUGCUACCUAAGAUGAAAAUAGUACUCAUGGAAUUAAAAAAAUUAGAAUGUAUUUUCAAGAUUUUAAUUUUACAUUUUUGUCUUCACUGGCAUUAAAUUUUGGCCUGUCAUCACUUUCUUAGGUUUUAUUUUUCAACUUUAUUAAAUUAGGCCUAUCUUGCAUAAUUUCUAUCAGUUAUACUUGGCAGUAUGGCAUUUUAUUUUUUAUAAUUUAGUGAAAAUCAGCACCGUAGAAACUGAUAGUGAAUAGAAUAGUUAAUGGGUGAGGAAGUGAGAGAGACACCCAGUAACCACAUGUUUUACCUGGACUCUUAUGCAAGGAUACAUGCUAGAUGGCUUCAUUCAGAUUAUGAUACAGAUGGAAUCACAUCUUGACUUUUGGUCUGGAUUAAAGUGGAUAUGGAGGUAGUUAGAGAUUUAAGCAAGUGCCUUGUGUUUCCUGGAAACUAUUGAAACUCAUUUGGAUGAAAGAUUCUCAGAUGGUGAUAAUUAAUUACACCCUCUACCUUUUUCUUGGGAUAAUUUGGAGUCAUACAGUAAAGUCCCAAAUGUCCUUGAUUUGCCAUUUUUGUUCACAUGAAACUUCAAAUUUGAUUUUGUUCCCACAUUAUAUAUGAUGGAGAAGCCAGAAUUACCUGGCAGAAUUUAAUUCUUCCUUGGAUCUAGUUCCAUUUUUAAUGUUGGGUUCCUUUUUCAAAUCUGAUUAUUCUAGCUGUAGCUCUCUAGAAUAAAACAUUCCUACCAAGUCCCUGGUCACAAAAGGUCAAAAGAAUUCUCAUUUCUUAAGGUGCUCAACAAAUCACCUUUAUUUUGAGAUGGUAGUCUUUCAAGUUACUGUUACUCACAACCCUUCUCAGUGAUGAUGAAAUACUGAGUUCCCAUCAUGGGGCACUCAUCUGAACCUCUUGUGGUAUAUUUCAAUAAAUUACAUUCUUAGUCUUAGAGAACAUGGACAUUUUAGUGUUUGGAAUACUCCAAAUUUUAAAAGGUUUUUCUUUGUUUUAGGUUAGCUUCUUCUCUUCCUGAUGCCAUAAAAUAUAACAUGUUAGAUAUCCUAACCACCUCCCCCAGAUGUUUUUCCUUUUUUAAAUUGUAUAAUGACCAGUAGAUUCAUCCAAUGGCAUGCAAUUGACAAGUACUAUGGAUAUUUAAGAUGAUGGUAAAUAAUUUUAACUAUUUUUUGCUAUAAUUUUAUAGGAGAAAUGGGCUGUAAAAGAAAUCUCUAAACCACAGAGAGCAUUUAGGAAACUAUAUUUUAUAGAGGGUCAUUAAUAUGUCCUUAAUUCAAGAUAUAAGGUAUAUAGUUUACACAACCUUUGUUCUCCUCAUACAAAGUUUUUAUUCAUUUUCCUGUAGGUCAGCACUUUCAUUGUUCCUUGUACUGCUUCUGCAGACUUGUUUUCAGUUUGCUUUAUUUGUGCUUUUCAGAGUUGUCAUACUCAUGACAGUGUUUGUGGCACCAUAAAUGCCAAAAUUCAUGGGAAACUUAAUGAGUGAUUGCCUAAGUAUUAUUUCUCUUCAAAUCGGGAUGGUGCCACAAUAGCCAGAGAAAAUGGAUGGCUUUUUUGAAGGCCAUGUAGAUUCCAUGACAUCUGGUCAUAGUGUAUUGCUUUAAGGGCACAGAAAAACAUUCUAUCUUAACUUGCCUUAUGGACCGUAAAUCCUUGUUGCGCAGAGUGGAGCUUAUUUUAUUAUACUACUUUGUAUAAUUAAAAUAAGUCACAUUCUGGGGGGGGGAACCUGGAAUUUUUCUUUUUCUUUUUUGUUUCUUCUUGAGAAACUCCUAUGUAGAAAUCAGAGCUACUCACUACCUUGUGCUCUUGAUUGUCCACGAGGAUUAUUUGUAGUCCUUUUUUUAUCCCACAUUGGAAUUGCCCUCCUCUUCUAGAUUGCCUCCCCUUCAUGAUAAUCAUGAUAUCAGGACAGUGAAUGUGUAGUGUGUAACAUCAAAUGUGGUGAGGUAUUCUGAAAUCCUGCAGCAUGGACACAGAAUCUCUGUAGUUAAUGAAUUAGCUAUGGCUGAAUUGUUAGCGUGGAUCGUCAGAAGACUGCCAGGUCUUAGUAAGGAGGAGAAAGAUAAGUGAUAUAAAAAUUAGAGAUGAGCGGAAGGAAACCACUCUCUUACUGAUAUUAGUAAUCUUCCAUAUAGUUAAUGGUCUAAAAAGUAUAUUUACUUCUUAAAAUCCAGGAUUGGUACUGGUAACAUAGAAAUAUUGAUUUUCUGUACAUUCCUCACUAUUGGUUCCCCAGAAAAUAAUUAUUAAGAGUUUAUGAAACCAGAUUAAAUAUCCAUGUUCACUUCAGCCUUAUUUUUUCAAAUAAAAAUUUGAAUUUUCAGCUUUUGUGUAUUUGGUGUUCAUCACUGUUCAUGAAAUCAAGGAUCAGAAAGGAAGUGGAGAUGAAACAUCUCUGUAUUUCCCUUUGCACUUUGGGUACAGUGAGUGGCAUUAGCGUGCACUAGCUGCGAAUUUACAGCACCUUAUGGAACUAAGUAGUGUUUAUUUAUUAUAAUAGAAAAGUUAAGCUGCACUUCUGUAGAUAAUUGACUUUGCAGAGUGUAAAGCUAUCAUAUCUUCCAACAGGAUUUACUCUUUCAUUCAUAAUUGUUUUUGAAAAAUCUUAAAUAGUGUAACAUUCCUUUAUAUCCUUUUUAAUAGUUUUGAAUUUGGAGUAGAAGGGAUUUUUUUUUCCAAAAAGGGCUUCAUCAUUGCUAUCUUUUAAUCAUGCUUAGGGAUCCAGUUAGAAUCAAUAAACUUUAACAGUUUAUGGCCUCCUAUGUCAGCACUGCAGUGAUUGGUUGUGAAUAUUAAAUUGAUUACUAUUUUCCCUCUGUAGCAUGUAAUUGCUAUGUUUUUGCUAAGAAGGUGUGACUAGAAACAAAUGUGAAAGAUCACUUAAACCAAAGCCAGUUUAAAGGAGUAUUCUCUCUUGUUGGUUUACCUUCACCUCAGAAUUACAAGAAUAUUACAACGCAUAGUGAAUAAUUGUUUAUAACAUUUCUACCCAUUUCAAUUGCAUAUUGGUCUUGGCAUUUCUUGGCACUAUGGUUCUCUGUGGUGUCUUAUUAUUUGUGAGGGUUUUUUUGUUUUAUUUUUAAUAACUAAGUGGGACUAUAAAUGUAUAUAUGUGUCAGUACUGAGUACUUUUCUCAAAUCCCCAAUUUCUGGUUUCCAUUCAAGUCUUUUACUCUAAUUUUUUUUCUUGCUGAGUAGCAAAGGACUUUUAUUUUCCACUUUUCCAAUAUACCUACAAAGUAUGAACACUGCAUUUCAAUAGAUUGUAUUGCAUACUUUUUUGCUGAAAACCUUUUCUGCAAACACAAUUGCCUUGUUCAGUUUUGUUGUAAACUGACUUAUCUUAAGAUGCACUGUUGAUAUGCUUUCUGAUGUGUUUGAUAAGAGUGAUAAAAAUAAAGCUUAAAAAAUAAAGCAAUUAAAAAAAUUUGGCCUAUUUCCCAGUAACAUGUAUAAACAGCUCAGUAAUGAAGGGAAGUAGUCUUCAGUAUGAUGUGUGCUGCACUACCAUAUAUAUGGAAUGGGUGCACAAAGACAGUGCUAGGGUGGCUAUGGUAGAUUUAUGAAAAUUGAUAAAACUGCACCUAUAAUUGCAUUCGUAGUGUCUCUAAGCCACAAUUCUGAUGUAUUGUACUUGAUCGAUGAAUGUGUUUACUAUAAUCAUAGUUUGCUUUAAAUAUCUAAAUAAUAUCUGCAGGAUUUUUAUGUGUUUGGGAUUUAUAGUAUUGAUGGGAGAUAUUCUUGGACCACAAGGGUUAUUGUCAAUGUGUUAUUUGUGUUUUAAUUUAAUAUUUUCAAAUGAGAAGCUAAUUUUAUCGGUAAUAUUCAGAGAAUUCUAUAACUGUAUAUUUCACAAACUAUUAAAAUAUUUUUGUAUUGGAGCUUCUUUACAUUAUUUUAUCAUGCAGCAGACACUUGGUAGUUUCAAAAUAAAUCAUUAAUUCAAUAAAUGCUUCAUGUUAUGGACCAGAAACCACAAGACUCUGGAUUCACAGAAAAUACACAGUGUUUGUUGAUAGGCACCUAAACAUUAGAAACGGAAAAUGUGAAUUAUCUUCUAUAACUGUUUCUUCUUUAAAUUAUUUGAACAAAAAUCUUUGGAUUCAACCUAGAGCAGAGAAACAAAUUGACUAAGAAUAACUACUAUAUAUACUAUAAUUUAACAACUGAAGAAGUAGACCAGUGGGUGAUGGAGACAACUGGUGAGUUCAUGGACAUGAAGAGUCUCCUUGGGACAAGGACGCUGGUGGCCUGUCCUGAGCAGACACUGUGGAAGUGCAGUCCUUGGAGACACUGGACACUGUGAGCUCAGUACCUGGGAAAGCUGUGAGCUCACAAGCAGGACCAUGAGGGAAUGAUGGAGAAUUGUCAGGAGUGUAGCAGCCUAAGAGAGGGUGGGAUCCAAGACUAAGCACAGGUUAGGUGAGGCCUGAAUGACUGUCCUGGCAGGAGCAGGGCUGGGAGGCUUCAGGCUCCUCUGUGUGGGAGGAGUUGUGUCAUUUCCUUAACCCUGAUGGUCACAUGCUCUGGCCAGGCCAGCAAUGGUGUGGGGUUAUCACAGCAUGAGUCAGGGUUAAGGAACAGGGAGUGGGACCCUGCGGGGCCUCAGGAGGGGUAGGACAGGCUGCAGGGACAUGUUUGCCAUGACUUCAUCCUGUUUAGUCUCCAAUGAUGAGGGCGGCUGGCAGAGGGAGGAUGACAGAUGGCAGGUGACACCCUAUGACCCCCUGAGUGACAGAAGCAAUGUCCCUGAAGUGAGUUCUCCCAUCUUUCUUCUUGUAUUACUCAACCCAUGGCCUGGUCAGCAGCACCUGGUAACCCAGCUGCCUGAGACCUUGGGAAGUGGUUCAUCCUUGGAGCCCCUGAAUGUGGUGAUGUCUGGGGCAGUGUGUGGAUCCCUGCUCUGCAGAGCACACCCAGCACCACACCACAGUCACCUCCACCAGCCAGGGCCCAGCUUCCUCACAGGACCCUGCCCUUGGCCUCCCUCCAUCCUCACCUCCAGGGGAGACCAGACAAGGGUGGUGAGGAGACAGGUGAAUACAACAGCAGCAAUGGAACCUGCAUAGCUAGGAACACACAUGGGCUUGUGCACACAAACACACAGAGACACACACACACAGGCUCACACUUGUACCCAGUGGGAUUACAGCUCAGGCCCCCCAGGACAGGGAGAGUGGUGAGGAGCUUGGCCACAGCAGGACCCUGGAGCCUCAACAAAUCCUGCAAGGCAUUCACUGUCCCUGCAGGAGCCAGAGGCAACCAUGCCCGGCCGAGGAGCUGGAAGGGGCCUAAUGGUGCUGACAGUGAAGGUGUCCCCCAGAUGUGGAUGUCCCUUAUCUGGGAGCCCUAGGGAUUGUGGGUGCUCCUGACCCCAUAUGCUUAUUGUCAACAUCAGUGUCUGUGUGGUCAGCACCAGUGUCAGGGGCUGGUGGUGAAGUCACAGUGACUCAAUAUUUCACCUCUUGCCUGUGUCCAGGACAGAGUCCCUGUUCCUCCUGUAGAUAGUCUGGUCCCUGCUGGCUCAAGGUCCCAGGCAGGUGGCAGGCAGCCUGCCUCACCCCUCCCCCUAGUCUCUGGAUUCUGAUACCCAACAGCAACAGCAGCAGCAAGGAGAAGCCAGGAGGCAGGCAAGAGGUACAGCCUGGAUCAGCAGUGCUAGGGUAAGCCUGUCAUGUGGCAGGAGGUUGUGCCACAUGGAUUCCCCAGUUCUGGUCAUUGCAAGGGUAGGCAAAGUACGGGGACCUCAGGUAGUUGUAUGUCAAUUGUGAGGGCACCCAUUGCACUCAUAUUAAUCCAAAAUGCAAAUGCUCAAAAGUCAAUACAAAAUAUAAUUGUAGAGGAGGAAAAGGAGGAUGGAGGAUGGAGGGUGGCAGUGACCUGGGACAUUGUCCAGAGAGUGACAGAGGGAACCGGGACAUCUGAGCCCAUGUCGUAUCUCCUGCACAUCUGCCCUUUUCUCUUGAUCCCAGGAGAGACCACAGGCCCCACUACUAGGGGAUUCUGAUUCCUCAGGGGGUUGGGAACCCUGACCCCAAGACUUGCUGAUCUAGGAGGGUGCCAUUGUGACUGCACUCCAUGAUGUCAUCAUUGCCAAGCACUGCUCCUUCCAUAUUCUACAGCAGUUAGAGGCCACUCCUGUGUCAAGUGACCGGCUGAGCUGGAGUUUGUUUUCUAGGCAGCAAGCAAGUUCAGGACACGGGGAAGGAUUCAGGUCCAGGAACUCUUGAGAAAAUCGUGGGAAAAACAUUAAAAGACAUUUGCAGUAAGCUCACAAGGAGGGCUGAGCACUGAGAAGAGUUGUCAUGAUGGAAUGAAGGCAGCAGGCCUUGUUGGCAGGACAAUGAGUGUGAGUGUGCGUGAGGAUGGGGUCCUUCCUAGCCCAGAUAGGUUCUGGACUCCAAAAUGCCUUCUGUGCAGUACCUGCAGGGUCUGCUCCAGGCACUUUCAUCCCCUUCUCACACCCACUUGUUGGUUGUCUGCUGCUACCUGAAUGCACUUUAGCUGAACUUCAGGUUGUAGGCCCAUGAGCCAACCAGGUCCAUGUCCAAGUAUCUACUAGGUUGUGCCCUGCCUGGCAGCUCCAAGGAGAUUCCAGUUUUCAGCUGAUGCUGAGUGUGGGCAAACUGUGUCCUAUGUACCUACAGGACUGAGGCUCCAGUCCCCUUCCACUGCCCCUCCUGCCACAUCACUUCCAGGUGAUAGCAAUGGGCCCACAAGCAGAACCCUGGAAAACCUCCCACUGUCACACCUGUGAAGUCUUUUGUCAACUGUCAUGGAACCACCUAGAAGCCAGGGAGGGAUUCAGGGCCUGGUCUUGGGGACAGGGAUUUUCAUACCCACUUGGAAGGGAGACAUUCUCUAAAUGAGUUGAAUAGCCUCUCUGGAAACAUGACAGGCAGCUGAACUGGGCCCUGGACACAGCCCUCUGCAAGGGAAGCCAUGACCUCAAAGUAGAAAGAUAAGGACAAAAUGGUGGGAAUGAUUGUAACUUAGGCAUGUGUGUUUUCAUUUCAAAAGGCACUUCAAGUAUCCAGCCCAACACUUGUGCCAUAAACCAACGAUUCAAAUGUUUGGAAAUUUCAGUGGAAUGAUAGGUCCUGAAAGCUCCCAGGACAGAACAAAUCCACAGGGAAGAAUUGAACCAUCAUGGGUUUCUCAUGGAACACAAAAUGCUCAGCCUUAGAAGCUGGUUCCAAAGUUCUAGAAGGGAUCAGCAUUCAGCCCAGAACUCCAGGCACAGUUGCUGCCAGCGUGCAAGGGAGUUUAUCACCAAGAUGAUGGUGUUUGUACACAUUCCUACUCUAAAUGACAUGGAGAAUGGUGACUGAGGGUCCCUGGUUGACCGAACUUCCUAGGACAGUCAUAGUACUAGAUUCUUGUGUGUUACCUGCUGGCCUGGGUACAAAGAGGAUUACAACUGGGAGGAGACCAGUGAAGCUUAAGCGUCAUUUACCCUUAUAUUAAAAUGGAGUUUUGUAAAAAAAAAAAAAUCCUGCUCAACCGGUGUGCAAAACGCACACAAAACAAAAAAUGUUGCCACUUUAUCUGCAUGAAAAAAGAAACACACUUCAGCUCUGGAAGUAGCCUGCAUUUGAGAGCUGGAUGGAAGGCAGGCAUUUUAGUGAUCAUGGUGAAAAUGUGGCUGCAACUGACACAAGUUGGUCUAAACUGGGACUCCCAAAUAGAGGCCCAGAUGACCUGAUAAAGAGAAUAAAUAUAGAUAUGCAUACAGUAGUCAGAAUAACUACAGUGGAAAUUACCCUAAAGUUCCAAAGUCUCUAAAUUACAACCUAGAGAAGACUUGCAUCUGGGCUGAGGUACAUCUUGUGAUUCAAGAGCCAAGGGAGCACACCAAAGAAAGAAAGCCUGUUUUGGGACAAGAAUUAGACCAAGAAAUAACAGUGCAUCUCCAAUUAAUAGUGAGUGGCCAGAAUGUGGAGCUGACUGAUCCAUUGUGACAAAACCUCAGAAGAAAAUUUUGAAUUUGUGAAUGGCUUUUAGCAGAAAUGAGGCAGAGAAAGGCUUGCAGAAACCCAGAGAAGAACAUCUUGGUAGUUUAUCAUGUGACAUGUAUCCCUGGAGGAAAAGCCUGGAGACCCAUUUUAACAGAAAGGCAGGUCUCUGGAGCCCCCUGGUCUGCCAGAACCAUCAGAAUGGCAGUACCACUGAGCCCUUCAUCCGAUCCAGCCAAUAAAAAUAAUAUGAUUGCGUGUAACCAGGCAUUGCAUUGCCGACUAGCAGAGAACCAGCGGGAAAUACAAGAUCUGAAAGAGAUAGUUCAUCAUUUCAGCUUCAUCCUCCACCAAGAGGAAAACAAUUAUGGUGAGGGCCAAGAGGUGAUUCAAUCCAGGCUAAGGGAGAAGCCAGCACUUGGAACUCCACAGCUUGAGAAGCUGGUGCCUGCUGAGUUCAAGAAAUGCCAUGUAAAUAAGGCACGCACCCGCAAGCGGCGCCGGCUACGUAAGAAGUCAAGAAAACAGACACAGAUUUGUCAUCUCAGCCUACAUCCCAGAGCCCUCCUCACCCAGCAUGACCCUGACAGCCACUACACACGGGGCUUGCUGGAGCCACUGGUUGUUCACAUCAGGCUGGAAAAGCAUCUUGUCUACAAAUGUAGCCUGGCAAAAGAAAUGAUGCAAAUGAAGGGUGGUUGCUGGGACUUAAUCUGCCCCAGCAGGAUCAGUGGGUGCUUUCCACCUCAAGUAGAGCCUGAGUUGGUACCAGGGCUGGUCAUGGGUGAAUAUUGUUGGUGCAUCGUCAUGAAAGCCAAGCUGGUUAUGCAGCAGCGUUAUCCUGGUGGUGGCUGGAUGAUAGUGCUGGAAGAGUACUCGUGGUGCACAAGGUUUGGAGUCUAUGGGAAUUCCCUUGAGGACAGAGUGCCACAUGAAGCCAAACCUGUAUUGUGUGAAAACCGAUCUCUAGCUGAAGGGCAUCGCAUCAUGGCACGCACACACCUUGCAGAUGCAUCUUACAUGUGGCAUGCCUCCUGGGGGGACAAGCUGGAAAUACUGUUCCAGGCCUGGGCCAGGGUCCAGCAGCCCUUAGCCCAGCAGUCCAUCCACUGGAUAGAGGCCAUUGAGGGGUAUGAUACCUCCUCCCAAAAGGAUGAAGUGGUAUCUGCAGAAAGAGCUGAGCUUAUCCCCAGGGUGUGUGGAGAUCCACCCCCACUGGAAGGGCCAGAUACCAUCGUGCCUGUCCUCAAGGAAGAUGGAUCCUACCUGCUCUGUGGAUUUUGGGCUGAUGAGCCUGAAGCACCAGCCCAGGCCUGGUCUGAGACUGUGAAAUGUACAAUCCAGCAGCCCAUCUGCUGUGCUGAGGCCAUUGUGGUGGAAGACCUUUCCUACAAAAAGAAGGAAGGGGAGGUGGCAACUGCAGUCCAGACCGAGCCUAUCCCCAGGGUGUGUGGAGAUCCACCCCCACUGGAAAGACCAGAUGUCAUCCUGCCUAUCCUGAAGGAUGACGGGUCCUACAUGCUCUGUGGAUAUUGGGCUGAUGGGUCUGGAACACCAGCGCAGGUUUCUGCUGAGCCUUGGCACCUUACAACCCAGCAGCCCAUCUGCUGUGCUGAGGCCAUUGUGGUGGAAGAUGCCUCAAGCCAAAAGGCGGAAGGAGAGGUGGCAUCUCCAGACCUGGCCGAGGCAAACCCCAGGGUGUGUGGAGAUCCACCCCCACUGGAAGGGCCAGAUGUCAUCGUGCCUAUCCUCAAGGAUGAUGGGUCCUACAUGCUCUGUGGAUUUUGGGCAGAUGAUGAUGCUGAAGCUCCAAUCUGGGCCUGUGCUGGGGCCUGGCACCCUACAAUCCAGCAGCCCAUCUGCUGUGCUGAGGCCAUUGUGGUGGAAAACCCCUACCACCAAAAGGAGGAAGUGGAGUUGGCAUCUACAGACCAGGCGGAGGCUAUCCCCAGGGUGUGUGGAGAUCCACCCCCACUGGAAGGGCCAGAUGCCAUCGUGCCUGUCCUCAAGGAUGACGGGUCCUACAUGCUCUGUGCAUAUUGGGCAGAUGAACCUGAAGCACCAGACCAGGCCUGGGCUAGGGCCUGGCACUUUACAACCCAGCAACCCCUCUGCUGUGCUGAGGCCAUUGUGGUGGAAGACUCCUCAAACAAAAAGGAGAAAGUCAAGGGGGCAUCCUCAGAUCAGGCUGAGGCUAUGUCCAGGGUGGGUGAAGAUCCACCCCCACUGGAAGGGCCAGAUGUCAUCAUGCCUAUCCUCAAGGAUGAUGGGUCCUACCUGCUCUGUGGAUUUUGGGCUGAUGAGUCUGAAGCACCAGUCCAGGCCUGUGCUGAGCUCUGGCACCUUGCAACCCAGAAGCCCAUUUGCUGUGCUGAAGCCAUUGCAGUGGAAGAGCCCUCCUGCAAAAAGGAGGAAGGGGACUCAGCAUCUGCAGAGCAGGCCGAGGCUAUACCCAGGGUGUGUGGAGAUCCACCCCCACUGGAAGGGCCAGAUGCCAUCGUGCCUAUCCUCAAGGAAGAUGGAUCCUACCUGCUCUGUGGAUAUUGGGCUGAUGAGCCUGAAGCACCAGUCCAGGCCUGGGCUGGGGCCUGGCACUUUACAACCCAGCAGCCCAUCUGCAGUGCUGAGGACACUUUGGUGGAAGAGCCCUCAUUUCAAGAGGAGGAAGGUGUGGUGGCACCUGCAGACCAGGCCGAGGCUAAUCAGAGCCUCUGCUCUGCAUCACACCUCGGGGUGUGUGAAGAUCCACCCCCACUGGAAGGGCCAGAUGUCAUUGUGCCUAUUCUCAAGGAUGAUGGGUCCUACAUGCUCUGUGCAGUUUGGAUGGAUGAUCCUGAAGCGCCAGUCCAGGCCUGGGCUGGGGCCUGGCACCCUAAACACCAGCAGCCCAUCUGCUGUGCUGAGGCCACUGUGGUGAAAGAUGCCACCUACCAAAAAGAGAAAGUCAUGUUGGCAACUGCUGAUUGGGCUGAGGCUACCUCCAGGGUGUGUGGAGAUCCACCACCACUGGAAGGGCCAGAUGUCAUCGUGCCUAUCCUCAAGGAUGACGGAUCCUACAUGCUCUGUGCAUAUUGGGCUGAUGAGCCUGAAGCCCCAGUCCAGGCCUGGGCUGGGGCCCUGCACCCUACAGCCCAGCAGCCCGUCUUCUGUGCUGAGGCCAUUGUGGUGGAAGAUGCCUCCAGCCAGAAGGAGAAAAUAGAGGUGGCAUCUGCAGAGCAGACUGAGGCCACACCCAGGGUGGGUGAAGAUCCACCCCCACUGGAAGGGCCAGAUGUCAUCGUGCCUAUCCUCAAGGAUGACGGAUCCUACCUGCUCUGUGCAUAUUGGGCAGAUGAGCCUGAAGCCCCAGUCCAGGCCUGGGCUGGGGCCCUGCACCCUACAGCCCAGCAGCCCAUCUGCUGUGCUGAGGCCAUUCUCGUGGAAGAGCCCUCAUCACAAGAGGAGGAAGGGAAGGUGGCACGUGCAGACCAGGCCGAGGCUAAUCAGAGGGUGUGUGGAGAUCCACCCCCACUGGAAGGGCCAGAUGUCAUCGUGCCUAUCCUCAAGGAUGAUGGAUCCUACCUGCUCUGUGGAUACUGGGCAGAUGAGCCUGAAGCACCAGCCCAGGUCUGGGCUGAGGCCUUGCAUGCAAAAACCCAGCAGCCCAUCUGCUGUGCUGAGGCUUUUUGGGUGCUAAGAACUUCCUCUGGUGGAUACCAUGAAACCUGACUCUGUUCAUUCCAGUACCCCAUUUAUAUUAAAGUUUGGUUUUGUUAA